UUGCCGCAGGGGCAAGAAGAAGUGAAAGUGGAGAUUCUCUCAGCUGGAGGAGAGAGAGAGAUAACGAGUGAGUGAGAGUCCCAGUCAUGUCUCUCUCUCAGCUUUCCAGUCGUCACGAACUGGAACAGAACUCCAGGGAACCGUCAGGUGAAUGUAAAUCAUAAUUAAAAGCACAAGCACUACUCCACUCAGAAUGCCCCUGUUGAUGGUUCUGCAACUUUUUCGAAGUGGUGUGACAAAAGUAGGAAUCAGUAUGAGACUUCAUGCCCGUCUUAGAUUGUGGGUAGGCUUGGCGGCUGCCUACCUGAUCGUUAUGGGGUUCGUUUACCUCCUACAAGUCCCCCUCAGAUCAAAUACAUUACACUCUCAUUAUGACCUAACUGCCUUUGGGGUCCGAGAAAAACACCACGAAUUGGUCAAGAAGGAGGCAGAAAGAUAUGCUCAAGCAGCUCUUCAGGUUCCCAGAAUUGACAUGGACGUAGUAGAACAGAUUAGGGUUUUGACAGAAGCAUUUAGGAAAGCUGACACAAAUGGGGAUGGCCUCUUGGAACUAACAGAGUUAUCGACAUGGAUUGGCUCCAAGAUCAAAGAACAUCUCAAUUUAGCUUUAAAAGAAAAUUUCUUCAUGUUUACAGCCAUUGACCUUGAUCCAAGAAAUGGAAUGGUCUCAUGGGAUGAAUACCAUCGCUUUUUUUUGAAACAGCAUGGCUACAGUGAUGAAUAUAUAAAUACGCACAAAGAGAACCACAAAGGAAUGCCACGUGAAUUAAAAGAAACAAUAAUGAGAGAUAAGGCAUCAUGGUCGGAAGCAGCAAGAGAUAACCCUGAACAGCUGACAAUAGAUGAAUUUUUAGCUUUUAGGCACCCUGAGUCAUCUCAUGCAACAAUCUUGAACAUUGUUGAGGAAACCAUUGGCAGAUUGGACCUUGAUGAAAAUGGAGUGUUGAGUGAAAGUGAAUUCAGUGAUCCUGAUUUGAAUGAAGUUCCUGAUGACAUGACAGAAGAGCAGUUCAGGUUGGAGAGACUGGAUGAAUUCAGAGUUGCUGAUGAAGACAAAAAUGGGAAAUUGGAACGGCAUGAACUCCUUCGCUACAUUGAUCCCCGAAACAUCCACCAUGCUGAAAAAGAGGCAGUGUCACUGUUUGGCGCUGCAGAUUCCAACCUAGAUGCCGUUCUGACUCUGAAAGAGGUUUUAGCCAAGAAGGAAAUAUUCAUCGUCAGCAAAAUGAUCGACGCAGCUCGGAGCUUCCAUGACGAAUUCUAACUCAGUAUUCAUUGACUUACCUGUUCUUAACCUUAGUUUUUGGGUUUUUAUUAGCAUAAUGUAAGGUCUUGACAGGUGAUUUACAGUACCUGAAGUAUUUGUUCCUUACAUUUUAGUGAAGUAGCAUAGUUUGGAUGCCAUGUAUCUAAUUUUCUUGAAGUUAUUGGGGAUUAGACUGGGGAAUAAACAAUGGUAAAAAUGUAGUUAUGUAGCCACUGCACUCCACUGUCAUAGCCUUUUAUUUUUUUCUAAAUAAUUAUUCAGUACAGAUGCUCCUCAGUUUGGUCUUAUGAGGCAUACUUGCUCAUACUGGUUUGGGGAUUUUUUUGUCCAGUUACUGUUGUGUAUUGUGAUAUGAGUCCUUCACACUUGAUAGGAUUUUCUUGCAAACAUAGGAAAACAGUGUAAUGGGUUUGGGAUUUUGUCCUAGAUGCAUUAUACAGUUGAGAUCUCAAACUACCACAACUGGUUCGUCUGUUCAGUAACAGUCCCUUACUCAGAAUACAGAAUGGCCCAGUAUGUCUGGUCCAGUUGAAAAUAAAACUAUGGGGAGUCUGGGUUUUCUAUGUAAUAAAUUUGUUGGUGUUGGCAGAAGGUUUUGUAUAUUAGAUAGCAGAUUGUAUUUCUUUAUUACCCUGAAAAAACUAUUAAAGAUCAGUUACAUAAUUCAUCUUAGAUAUCCUCUAAUGCCUAUGUGCUACCUCCAAAGAAGCCCCUCGCUUACACUCUCCCAGAUACUGCUUGCUCAUGAGUCAAAGAACUAUUAGCUUAAGUAUGACUCAAUUCAGUUUUGAAAGAUAAAAGCUAUAUCCUUUGAAUGUGCAGUGGUUAUGUAAACUAAUAUGCAUGAAAUUAGAUGUUGCCAAUAUUAUUGAAUUAUUUGUAGAGGUAAGAUAUGCAGUUUUGUCUUUCAAAAAGGCACUUCAAACCCAGCAGGGGUAUCGUUAGUCUUUGCUGCUCCAGUUUUGCCUUUGGAGGAGGUAGUGUUCCUAUGAAAGCUGUCAUAAAAGUGUAGAAAGUAAAACCCGUAGUUCCACCUUCACAUGAACAACUUUGAUGAUGACAUUUUGCUCUAGAUUAUUGUGGAGGAAAUACUAUUUCUCCACUACUUCUAAAUUUUUUAAUUAAGAGGAAAGGCUUGAGAAACCUUUUCAGAUUUUAUCAGUGUAGUUUAAUUAUAAUUCGCCUGUUAAAGGUGUUUUUAACACUCCAUUGUUUUUGCUUGAAUUUUAAACGAUAGUAUUGCUUCAACAGCCAUCAUUAGAAUGGUUUGUUUGGGUGAGAUACCAGCAUUAUGAUGAGUCCAUCCUAGAUGUUGACAGGAUUGCUAAGUAAACUCAGAAAAAUAUUACAUAUAUGCAUAGAGAAAAUUAAAUUGAACGUAAGAUGAUAUAGCACAAAAAUUUACACCUUGUAUAAGUAACUGAUGUUGAUGGCAUGUAUUCUUUCACAUUAUAUAUUGUAUACACAUACAGUAGACCUCUAGUAUUUGUAUGGACUCACCUGUUUUUGCUUGUGCUUUUUGGGACAUGUUAUACAUGUACAUAUUAGAGUCAAUAAAGUAUAAGUGCGUUUCUUGUUCAUGCUGCUUUUAUGGGAUAAAUAAAGACCAGACACAGGAAGUUUACUAGGGUUUUGUGUAAUGAAACAAUUUUACACAGAAAGACACAAUUGUCUUGUACAAGUGCCAGUGGUCAGCUGCUUAUAUGUAAUCUUGUGAUAUUGAUUAGUAAGAUAAUUUUGUAUAUGUAUGAUUGUUUAAAAACAUUAUGAUGUUCAUUUUCACAUAAUUAUUCUUAAGUAAUAUUCAUAAUUGUUGUGAAAUAUUAUCCUCUUGUAUUAUGCACAAAUGAGCACAAACUGUAUGUGCAUUGAUUGAUACUCCAUUAGUAUUUGAUAGGCUUAAUUAUCCUUGAAAUGUAAAGGUUUUAAUCUUUUAGAAUCUUUAAUGAAUUUUACACUAGUACUAAGGUUUAUUGAGAGUGCAAUUUAAUGAUGCAAUUUUAUUUUACAUUUUGUUAAGCACGCACAGAUUGUGAUGGUAACUUUUUUUUUUUACAGUGAAACCAUGGUUUAAAUAUUUGAUAUAGUACAUAUGUACUGUAAUUUUUUAUUUAUAUAUUUAAUCACAAACCUAUAACACCAUAACUUAUAUUGCCAUUUUAUGCAUCAUGAAACAUUUCCAUAGCAAUCCUUUUCUGAAGGAAGAAAAAUGCCAGUCUCAGGCAGUUUUGCAGUUUCCCUGGCUUCAAGGUUUGGUAAGUUGUAACUGUCAACCCAAUUUCUUUAUUUGCCUGUUCAUGUGCAGACACCUUUCCCCAGACUGUUCAGAGUUUUGUUAAGGAUAGGGUUAUUUUUUCUUUUUCAUAUGUUCAUGAUUCGUAUGAUAAACUUCCUUAAUCUUUCAGUGUGCUUUAUAGUUAGUGGCAAUUUCAGGAACAAAUUCAUGUAGACCAUGAUAUUUUUUUCACAGUGGGAUUCAAUGCGCGAAGAGUGGGAAGCUUAUUUUACCCAGUAUUUUUCAGCAUGAAAGAUCAGGUUCUGCCCUUGGGAUAUGUUGUUUAUUUGUUUACAACCAGCAACUAGAAGUUGCAAGCGGGUUUGUCGGAAAUGUUUCAUGAUAGAUGGAAUGGUACUACAGUAUAAGUUGUUAGUGUAUUAAUAAGUUCAGUUUUUCUGUUUAUUAGGAAAAAAUAUAUUGUCUAAAAUUGUUAGUUUUAAGGACUGUUAACAAAAUUCUGAUCAAAAGAGAUUUCUCAUAGAUUGUACAUUUGAGGAAAGUUAUUAAGUAGAUUGCUUAUUUAUGGCAGUGCCUUCAUUCAGGUGCCAUCUUGAAUGGGUGUAAAAUGCAUUUUAAAUAUAAUUUUAGUUCUUACACACUGCUCUGCACCUUUGCUAAUAACUAUAUGGUAGCAUGAAAAAUUCCCGUUCUGAAUGUACUUUACGUAUUCAGUAGUUACUCAAUUAUUUGCAGUAAUACAUUCAAGGAAGGUACACAUAUUACCAAACUCCUGUAAAGGUAAUAUGUGAUGACGAAUAGCCUAGGGUGUGCUACCUCUAGGUUGCCCAAAAAUCCUAGUGUAACCUCGGCUACCAGACAUCUUUGCUCAACACCACCAUUUGCACCCAUAGGCUUUUAUUUGUAUUUUUGCCACUUAGUGCAGUUUGGUUCUUAACCACGGUUACACUGAGAAAAGUUCAAUUAAGGGCGUAGUAUGGAUGGGGAAAGUGUAAAUAAUUGAGGGAUUACUGUAGGUAUCUAUGUACAUUCUGCUCCAUUUGCCUUAUCAAGAAUAUUUUGAUUGUACAUUUGGUAAUGAACACAGUACUACUGUUGUCCAUCAGUUUAUUGAAUAUGCCUAAUUUCAAACACAGUUAGGAAGCUUGGUGUUUCAGCAUGUAAUUUUGAUUGUGAAAAUGUUGCCAAGAAAAGUUUAGUAUGGAAAUUAAGCUCUCUCAUUAAAUGUAUACUGAACUUUUAUUUAUAGUUUUGUAAACAGGCAGUUAUUGUUAAUAGAUUAACCAUACUUUAUCAGUGAUAUGUAUUACAAAAGAGUUUAAAUCCACAUAAAUAUUACCUGCCUAUGUAAUGGUAAUUGUAUAUACUGUGUUGGUUUGUUUAAUGCAGUAAUAUUUCUCUCUCAAGAAUGAUUUAAGCUCAGUGAAGAAGCAUUACUCUGCCUAUAGAAAUCACACAUUCCCUUCCUCAUCAUUGAUGGUACAGUACUUAACACUGAAUACAAAACAGGACUAGAUUUUACAUACUCUACUCUUCAGGUUAUGUUUUUUAUUAGGUUAAUUAUACUUCUUUACAUAUAUCUUAUAUCUAUAAAGCUGUCUUAGUGUAACAGAUGAUGGCUAGGGGAAAUUUUGAGUUAAAAGUCAUUUGUAACAAUGUUUCAAUUUCAUGUUAUUCUUGUCUGUGAUGAAAAGAAUUUAUGUUACACUGGAAUUUUAGGAUUUUUCUUACAUUUCAGAAAGUUAUUGUUAGUUUUGUAAACUUUAUCCUUAUUAGGUAAUGAUAAUAACGAUUUCAAUUUUUUGGGAAUUGUAAGACUACUUUAAUAUCUUCUACUGCAUGUUGGGCCUUGAUUUCUCAUCUACUUUUGAUGUCUAUCAUACUUUAUGUAGACUCUUUUAGGGCUAUUUUGUUAGCUUUGUUACGCUUAAUUUUUUUAUGACCAUUAAUAUCUUUAGAAGUGUGUGCUGGUUGAUUAAUCUUCUCAGUGGCACCACUUUGAGUAAUUCUUCACAUGAUUUUGAGAAUGUUGAGUUGUUCUUGUUUAGGAAGUAUAUUUGCCCAAGCUUUGAAAGUAAGAUCUGCAGCAAGUUUAGACCUUCUGUUCAGAUGGAUCACCUUUCUCCGUAUUCCAAGUGGUGCAUUUUCUGAAAAUAGAAGAUAUUUGAUGAAAGUCCCAGAUAACUACUUGUAAGAUAGUCUCGAGCAUGGGUGCAGCAACUUAGACUGGAAGAGGAAAAGAAAGUUUGUGGAGCGAUUUCUCCCUCCACCUCAAAAUCGGGAGGCCCAGUACUUUUAUACCGGUUGCAUUAUUCCCUCCCUUUUCCUUUUGAUUAAAAGGCUGCCCAGAUAACUAAGGAUCAGAGGCAGAUGGUGAUGCAUAAGCCUGUUGUCCUUGUUGAAGAGAUAUUGGGUGGAUAUGUUGACUUCUCUACCCCUUCACAUAAUUGUUGGCAACUUUGGAGUUGGUGGGGUUUCUCUUAUGUCUUUGCCACCAAAAGAAACUAGCUUCUGUUAGCAACAAAACUUUCCAUGUCUUUUUACAUUUAGGCUCUUACACUUCUAUGGACUUCAAUGAGCCUGAAGUUACUUCUUGAUGGUGGUCAACUUGCUCUCACUUGUCAAUUUUUGUAUUGGGUAGGACUCAUUCUUUGGUUUUUCAUGCCCCAAGACUGUUCCUGAUUGCUGUCACCCCUUGUGAGCAUUUCAGUUGGUUCCAUACCCAACAGAACCCCUCAUAUCACCUGUUAGUUUAUACAUAGGAUUCCCAUUUGUCCGGGAAUUCAUGGCUGAAAAUUUACUUCUAGUAAGGGCUAAGUUUUUGGACAUCCUGGCUCUUACUGGCUUGUCUGACACUUCUCUUGAAGUUUUUCUUCAAUGCUUAGGUGGGACUCUCAUGCUGUGCCUCCAGUGGUUUGGAUUUCUCCAGCGCUCUUGCUCAUGUCCAUUCCUUCUCUUGGGUCACCGGGAUUCGACUCUCUUAAGAGGAAUUUUUCAUCUUGGUUUUAAUAGCUUCGUGAUUGCGGCGUAGUUAGGUGUUUCUCAAGAGGCCUUCACACAGCUCAGAAUUAACACUGUUGAAGUUUGGGGACUCUCUUUUCUUUGCUAUUCUUUGAGGUGGCUUUGGUCUGGGCUAGUCUCUUUAGCACAUUUUAUCUGGUCUGAAGGCUUAUUAUAAUUUAUAUGGGUGUUUUACAUUGAAUCUGAUCAUUGUGGUGAGUUAUGUAUUACAGGUCAAAGGAUUUUUUUUUACAUUGUCAUCUUUAUAACUUCAUCCAUCUUCCCUUUAGCACCUGAAAGUAUCAGUGUUUAUGCCUCAAAUAUUUUUACAACGUUGGGUUUACCUCUUUGGUAGCAUUGUAUUCAUUACUUCAGAAGCUACCAAGAUUUCUGAUGUCGUUGUUAGCUCUGCUGUUCAUUGUCAACAGGAAUUGGACUUUUAUGCUGAGUAAAGGUUAAUUAUGAUUAAUUGGUUUGUUUGAAGAUUUUUUACAUCUGAAAAGAAUUUUAAUUAGACACUAAAAUUGUCUGAAAGUAUUUUCAGUUUCAGUUCCUGGUUCAGCUUUCAAUUGGUAGUUUCUUUGCAGUAAAGCACUUUUGUUUUCUAUUUAAUUAUGUAUUUCUCUGAAGAAGGAGAGGAAAUGGCAAAAUGGAAAUGUAUUUUAUUAUGAACAAAUAUCAGAUACUGUACUAAUUUUGUUAUCAUAUAAAUACAAGUACACACAUGUACUUUCAAAUCAAAAUUUUCUAGUUUGAGAGUUUAUAGAGGCAAUGAUAGUACAAAUAUCAUGGGAGUGCCUACUACUCGGAAUGACUAAAGAUAUGAUUAUAAGUAAUUUUUAUUAUUUGUGUAAAUUAGACAAUACUGUAUAUUGGUUUUCUCAGUAUGUACCUGUAAAGCUCUUGAAAGAUAUUCUUGUUCAGAUUCAUAGAAUUUUACAAGAUUCUUGUGAUAUGAAAUAUAUUGUGAUAUGUUGGUCAGGUUUCAAAGUACUGCGUAAGAAAUCUAUGUACACUUGUACUGUGUUAUGCUUAGGUAAUGUGAUGUUUUUAUACUAUAAGGUAAUUAUUAUUGUUGAAUAAUUAUCUUGAAUAAAAUUUGCACCCUA